UGUCGCUCCUUUUGCUUAACUGGCGAAGGCUAGUCCUUCGACUCGUCCACUCCUUUCCACAGUCACUCAUUAUGCGUUCGUCUUUUUGGAGAUUGCUCGCCAUCUCCAUCUCCAUCGCCACAGUCACUGCAGCUCCACUAGUCAGACGAUAUGACCUCGACGGCAACGGCGUACCCGACUACUGCUACGAUGAAGCCGGUGUGGUCCGCUGCAUGCUGACUGAUGGCUCAUGGACCACCGUACCUCGCAAAACCGACGCCGUCACGGUAACAAAGGUUUCUCCUCAAGUCAAUGCUAUCAGGUUCGGACCAUACUGGGGGGUGCCGGCCUCGGAAACCGCUACCGCCGACACAACCCCGUCAUCCGAGACUAACACCAGACAACCCGAAUGGGGAGUCCCUGCCUCGGAACUUUCGCCUCAAAUCUCUCAAUCAUAUGCGGUGACUCAACCCGUUCCAUCAUCCAGCGCCCCCACGAAAGCCGCUCCGACAUCAACACCGACAUCAACACCGACAUCAACGCCGACGCCGACAUCUUCGCCAGUUGCGCCACCACCCAAUGAUAACCUUCCCACAGGCAGCCUUCCGUCGCCGGAACAAUGGAAGCUCGACAAAGGGUCCAAGUGGUCGAUGGAGUACGUGGGUGACAUCAAGUUCAACGGAGGACUUGCAGGAAAGGACGUAGUCGGGGACAAGUGUCGGAGCAGUAAGCUCGGUGACAAGAUCAUUUGGAACUGCGGCGACAUAGGAUGUAACCCGGACGUGCUGACUUGCGGAUUCUCGAUGGGACCGGCCUUCUACGGCACGGGAGAUGUGAUGACGAUCGACGCGACGGGAGUCAAAUAUGUGCAAGAGAACGACUUCCUCAAGCCUUGGCAUGGAGACCAAAAGUUCGGCCCACCCUACCAGUUCUGGGGCAUGGACACGUCCAACGUGGCUCCGAUCAACGACACACACGGCGUGGCCUUUGCAUGGCAGAUCUUCCGUGGCGCACCUAACAACGGACACGAAGAUCGAGGCAACGCCGUGGCGGUCAUCACUCUAGGCGAGGAUAAGCCGAUCGCGACGCGAAUUGGUCCUCUACUGACAGGACCCGACAAGAUUGCACUGGGUCUGAUCGCUGUGCUGCGUGCGGAAAACUACAUCUACAUCUACUCGGAUGGCGGACCGUCAACAGUCAUGGUAGGACGGGUGCGUGCAUCGGACGAUGUGUUCGAUCAGUCCAAGUACGAGUUUCUCCAGUUCGGAUCCACGGACUCCUGGGUGCCUGGCAUCCCAUCAAAGAGCAGCAACUCGUUCGGCGCCACCAGCCUGGCCAAGAACCAGAAACUCGGCUGCGACCACUACGGAUCCGCCUUCUACAACAACUACCUGCACAAGUACGUGCUCAUGUGCAACAUCUUCAUGGACUUUGUCAAGUUCUAUACCUCCGACACCCCCUAUGGACCCUGGAGUGACGAGUACAGUCUCGCCAGCGGUUCUUCCGUCCAGGGAAAAUACGGCAUUCAUGCCCACCCUGAAUUCUCCCCCGACGGCUCUCACAAAUCCUUCUACUUCUCCAUGGGCCCCAACACAAAGAUGAACAUGUACAAGGUCACGCUGAAUUAUUAGUUUCGCAUGGAACUUGUGUGACUGCCAC